AUGGGUCGAAGCAAAGUGUUAGAACCUUCUGUAGUAUGCCACAGACUGCUUGGACGGUCCCCUCGUGAUGGGGAACAAAAUUUCACAUGCUUGACAUUAGCAUGGUUGAGAGCAAAUUUUAAGCAGUUAUCGAGCACUGCCACUGAGCAGGAGGUGAUGUAUACUGCUCGAGCCUAUAUUAUGCAGCUGAUUGGGGGGAUACUUCUGCCGAACAACACAUCUAAUAGAGUCCACUUAAAGUACUUGCCUCUAUUGGAGGAUUUUUCUCGUGCCGGUAGUUACAGCUUGGGAUCUGCAGUGUUGGCUGCAUUAUACUAUGAGCUCUGUCAUGAAACAAAACAUGGGGUUAGUAAUAUGGCUGGUUGUCUGGGUCUACUGCAGUCUUGGGCUCUAUAUGGGAUGCCGUUUCUAGCGGCUAUUACGCACCAACCAUAUUUGUGGCCACUUAUAAAUAGAUGGGCGACAUCUCCGGGAAUUGGUGCGAGCGAGACAUUAAUCAUUUACCGUCAAAUGAUAGAGGCGUACGCCGGAGAGAAAUUCUUGUGGAUGCCGUAUUCUGCAUUAAACAUUGCAACCCUUAUUCCUCAGAGGGUUCACGCUGAAGCUCGUAUGUGGUGCAUUAACAUGCCGGUGCUCAACUUCUCAACCGUUGAGUGGUACAACAGUGAUCGAGUUAUGCAACAAUUUGGGUGUAACUAA